AUGUUCUUUCGUUAUAAUCUCAAUAAAAUUGAAUUAAUUUUCGAAAAAAAGACAAAUAAUAUUACCAAUGGAAAUAAUGAACAACAAACAUGGGCCAAUCUUCAUGAAGUUCCUGAUUCAAAUCAACCAAGACCAGACUCUAAAAAUAGUCAAUUAAAUUUUCAACCAAUUUACAAAGCUCUUGCUCUUCAUAGUUUUUAUGCACAAACAAGCAGAGAAUUGUCUUUUAAAAAAGGCGAUAUACUUCUUGUCAUAAGACGUAUUAAUGAUGAUUGGCUUGAAGGUGAAUUUCAAGGUUUAAUCGGAAUAUUUCCUCUUAAUUAUGUUGAAUUAUUUCCUAUUGAAUCGAAUGAUCAAGAGAAUUAUUCAAGUGAUUAUGAUACAGAACAUGAAUAUGAAGGCGAAGCUAUUGUUAAAUAUGAUUUUAUACCACAAAAAACAUUUGAAUUACAAUUGCGAAAAGGUGAUAAAGUUAGUCUAUUACGACGACUUGAUGACAAUUGGUAUGAAGGACGUGUUAAUCAUAUUGAAGGCAUUUUUCCUGCAGCGUAUGUCGAAACAUUAAAAGAACCACCAGAUAAUUUAUCAAAAAAAUCACAUCGAAAUGAAUAUGUUCAAUCAUCAACAAUGACUUCUCCUGAUGAAGAAGAACAACCAUCAACUGAAAACAUAAAUACUAUUCCGGAUAUAUCAUUACCAAUGCAAAAAUGUCAAGUACUCUAUGAUUAUACACCACAAAAUCCAGAUGAACUUGAAAUUCAUGUUGGAGAUAUAAUUAAUAUAAUUGAAAUGUGUGAUGAUGGAUGGUAUUGUGGAAUGAUGGAAAAAGAAAAUCAAGGAGAAACAAUGGAAUUUGGAACAUUUCCAGGCAAUUAUGUUAAACUAUUACCUUCAUAA